CACUGUUCAGGCCGGCUGUUUCCCACGCCUCCAUACCGCAAGCUAACAAAAAUAAGCCACCUCGGUGCCAUGUGGAAACUAUAAAAAAAUAUUAUUUGUAACUAUGCUAAUUCCGAAUCGACCGAACGACGCGGGAAUUGGAUCAAAUUUUCCUGUAACUACAGUAACGACAUGAGUAACUACAAAGUGGACCUGAAGUUUUCUGGACUGCGUUCGGUUUUGUAAUAAUGGCAUGGAUUUUGAGUUUAUGACGAUUUAUUUUCAUCAACAUUUUCAACAACCUGGGAGUGUUUUACGCAUGUGUUUUGCAUUUUAUGGACCGUUUUUUUUAACACGAAAAAGAGCAGGAGACGCAUUUCCACCCGUUAGGAAUUCGACGCCUGAAACUUGAAGUGUCCGUGAACGUUGCAGUGUGAAGUCGGUGCAACUCAGCCGUUAGCCUCCGCAGCUAACAGUCAAGACAUGCCGCAGCUGAGCCGCGACGGAGACGACCUGGGAGCGAAUGAUGAGCUGAUCCCGUUCAAAGACGAAGGGGAGCAGGAGGAGAAGCGGAACGUGUCCGCCGGGCGGGACCUGGACGAUGUCAAGUCUUCCCUUGUCAACGAGUCGGAGACCAACAGCAGCUCCGACUCUGAGCAGGCAGACAGACGCCCCAAUCCCCAUCCAGAUGUGGAGAGAGCCAGGCAGAGCCAGCUGUUUGAGGAAGCCCUGAGGAGACAGCAGGGUGCAGGCCUCUUCCAGCCGUCUCCAUAUGUCGGGUAUCCAUUCUUCAUGCUUCCUGACCUCGGGAACUUCUGCAACCCCUACCUCACCAACGGAGCCCUCACACAAAGUGGUCGGACGUACCUGCCGUUUCAAUGGCCUCUGCUGGAUGUACCAGGAAGAGCAGCUGUCAGAGACGCCUCUACUCCUACACACCUGUCCAAUAACGUCCCUGUGAUGCAGCACCCCCACAUGACCCGCCUCCACCCGCUGCUGUCCUACAGCCCCGAGGCCUUCUCUCCUCAGAGGGCCUCACCUGGCUUUUCUCCUGACACAGCAGGUAUGUCGAGGAGCCCUCACACCCCCUGCUACCCCGUCUCCCCUGGAGGAAUGGCUCAGAUCCCACACUCCCUCGGAUGGCUACCUGGACAGUCCAUGUAUCCCAUCGCUGGAGGAUUCUCACCUGCAGCUUUGGCUAUGAAUGCCUCCAGUCUGGUGCCAAGUAGCUUCUCUCCAUGUUUGGUGUCGAACCCCCAGUCGUCAGCUCCCCACUCCGCAGUCGCCCCCACAGCAGUGAAGCAGGAGCCUGCUAGCUGCAGCCAGCCUGGAAACUCUACGUUUGACUCGGAGCGAGAGAAAGAAGAAGAAAAGAAGCCUCACAUCAAGAAGCCGCUCAACGCCUUCAUGCUGUACAUGAGGGAGGAGAGGCCCAAAGUGGUGGCUCAGUGUAACGUGAAAGAAAGCGCCACCAUCAAUCAGAUACUGGGACAGAGGUGGCAUUCUCUGUCCAAAGACGAGCAAUCUAAAUAUUAUGAAAUGGCUCGCAAAGAGAGACUCCUGCACUCAAAGCUGUACCCAAACUGGUCCGCCAGGGACAAUUAUGGUAAGAAGAAGAAGAGGAAGAGGGUGCAGGGUGACGCUCAGUUUGAAGGUGCUGCUGCAGCUUCUGCUGACGACUUCCCACCACAGCUAAAGAAACCUCGUGAGGAGCUACCCCCCACACACACUCCAGUCAUCCAGACUUCACACAUACGGCCCCACCUGACACAGCCGCACACCGUGUCUCACCUGACGCACACCCACCUGUCUCAAGCCAGCCCCGCCUCCUCAUUGGACUCCCCGGCAACUCCCACCACAGCUCUAGCCUCACCCGCCGCCCCGGCUGCGACACACACCGAGCACACAUACUUGUCGCACAGCUACGGCGGACACACCUCGCCCUACACGGAACAGCUGCAGCCGCUGUCCCUCACCACCAAACCCCACCAGACCACCCAGGUCCUGAACCACAACACUAUCACUCCAGGUCCUUCCACGCCCUCCUCCUCCUCCUCAGACACACCUGCCUCCUCACCCCUCACGGUCUCCUCCAUCAGAUCCCCUCAUCCCCCUUUGCUGCUGUCUCAGCCGUUCCUCAUCCUGCCUUCGACCUCCUCCGACCAAUCAGCUGCGAGCUCUCACAGUGCCUUAACUGGUCUGCAGUCUCUGUCACUUUGAACAGCCAAUCAGCUGUGAGGAUCUGCUCCUGCUGAGCAAAACAAGUUUAAUAAAGACAGCAUUAAAUGUA